CUUUUCUUCCUGCAUUGAGAACAAGAAGAUCUUCGCUUUAGAAUCGAGGUGGGAGAUAGUUGUGACAACCGCCUGAGCAGCACUGGGAAGCACCUGAAAUGUCCCGAUCCCCUUCCUUCAUCCUUUCCAUUCCUGAAGGCAAAGAAAAUCCUAGCCAGGACCUCAGCCCAUAUGAUGAGAGCAUUGUACACGAUUCCUUCCACCAACUUAUCCAGGAACAGAGUCAGCAGGCUGAAGCUGAAGCUCUGGAGCUCCAGGAGUGGUCUUCCAGGGACAAAGAUGGAGUUCGCCAGCCUCAGUCGGAGUCCUACAGGGCCCCUCAGGACUAUAGCUCAGCCACCCUUCGGAUCUUGGCCAAUAUGCCCAGCCGAACCAUUGGCCGAAGCAGGGGGGCCAUUAUUUCUCAGUACUACAAUCAAACAGUCAGAUUGAGGCGGAAAAAUAGCCGGCCCUUGCUGAGGGACAUGUCGCGUUCUGCCCGACCCAGUGUUCGACAAUAUGACUUGGAUUUGGACUUGACUCCCAGAGAAGAAGAAGAAAAGCGGAGCCUCUUGGUGAAGGAACUACAAGGCCUGACAGUAGCCCAGAGGGACCACAUGCUUCAGGUCAUGCCCCUGAGCCUGACUGAGAAACGCUGCCUCCGCCAGGACAGCUGUAUCCAGAGGGGAAGGCAGAAGCACCACUGUCAUAGCCAGACCCAGUUGUACUGCUGUAGUCGUCUCAAGUAUCAUUGUAUUAUAACUUUCCGCAGCUUGUGGUAUGGACUUCUUUCUAGUCUUUAUGCCUUGAAGCCCUGGCGUUACUCUCUGAAGCAAAUCAGUGGCCAAUUUGGCUCCAGUGUCCUCUCCUAUUUCCUUUUCCUGAAGACCUUGAUCUCCUUCAAUGUCCUGCUCCUUCUCCUUCUCCUGCCCUUCAUUGUGGCUGUGCAGUUGGCCUUCCCCCCAACUUCAGAGUUCCCCUUCUCCCAGUCAUUCACAGGCCUGGAACUCUUCACAGGUAGGGGCCAAUUCACCCACACAGUAAUGUACUAUGGCUACUACAGUAACUUCACUUUGAACCAGCCAUGCUCCUCCCAGCAGAACAAUGACCACUGCCCUCUAAGGACAACCCACCUGCCAUAUAACAUGCCCUUGGCCUACCUCUUUACUGUUGGUGUUUCCUUCUUUACCACCUGCAUCACCCUGGUAUACAGCAUGUCUCAUUCCUUUGGAAAGAGCUACCAGGUGGGCAGUACUCCUGCAGUUCAUGCCAUCACUGUCUUCUGCUCCUGGGACUACAGGGUGACCCAAAAUUGGGCUGCCCAUCUACAGCACGACAACAUUAGGACACAGUUGAAGGAGCUGUUGGCUGAGUGGCAGCUGAAGCAACACCCAAGAAGUAUGUGUGGAAAAUUGAGACAGAUGAUAGUGCUGCUUCUGGUGUGGCUACUGUGCUUGGGCACUGCCCUUGGGUGUGCCAUUGCUGUCUACUCAUUCUCAGAGUUCAUGCAUGAAAACCACGAGACCAAGACCCAGAUGAUCAGUGAGAAGCUCCAGGAAGCUCGUCUGCUGGCUUUGCCCCUGAUAGUCUGCAUCAUCAACCUGGUGGUUCCCUAUCUCUAUAAUGUCUUUGCCAGCUGGGAACAGCAUGACUCUCCUGUUUUGGAGGUGUAUGUGGCCAUUUGCAGGAACUUGAUCCUCAAGAUGGUUAUUUUGGGACUUCUCUGUUACCACUGGAUGGGCCGUAAGAUUAGAACACUGGGAGACCAGUGCUGGGAGACGUUUGUGGGGCAGGAGCUCUACCGCUUCAUGAUCAUGGACUUUAUCUUCACGUUACUGGACACCCUCUUUGGGGAGCUGGUCUGGAGGCUCAUUGUAGAGAGGCUGAAGGGGGAUCGAAAACCAGAGUUUGAUGUUGCUAGAAAUGUGCUGGAGCUGAUUUAUGGGCAGACCCUGACCUGGCUGGGUGUUCUCUUCUCCCCUCUUCUCCCUGCCAUCCAGCUCCUCAAGCUCUUGUUCCUGUUCUAUAUCAAGAAGAUCAGUCUGAUGGCAAACUGCCAGGCACCUAGGAAACCCUGGAGAGCUUUGCACAUGACCACUAUUUUCAUCACCCUCCUCUGCUUUCCCUCCUUCUUGGGAGCAGCCAUAUUCCUCUCCUAUGCCAUCUGGCAAGUGAGACCCUCCAGGACAUGUGGGCCGUUCCGGACUUUGGAUACCAUCUAUGAGGCUAGCAAAGUCUGGAUUCGACGCCUGGAGGAGGCCAGCCCCACUAUCACUUGGUUUACCUGGAUCCACCAGUAUCUGGUGGAAAAUACCUUCUUUAUUUUCCUGAUAUCAGCUGUGCUUCUAGCUGUGAUCUACUUUAAUAUCCAGAUGGUGAAGGGACAGCGGAAAGUCAUUUGCCUACUCAAGGAGCAGAUUAAUAAUGAAGGUGAGGAUAAAAUCUUCCUCAUCAACAAGCUUCACUCCAUUUAUGAGAGUAGGGCAACCAGUAACUAAGGAUCUGAUGGGAAAAGAACACAAUGAAGGUGAGAGGCCAGAAUGGAGGAAGCCCAGAGCUGUGCCAGUGUGCAUGGUCUCCUUGAAGCAAGCUCCAACAUGGAGGAUCAUAAACCCUUGUCCUGCCAGCUUAUAAAAAAACAAGCUACUAAUUCAUAGCUUAAUCAGCAUUACAUUAUUGUGCCUGUACUCCUAGAGCCUCUCCAAUAAUUGUCAUUUUCCUUUUUGGUCAUCUUUGCUCAACUCGAACUCUUUUCUCAUGAGAGGGGAUUAUUCUUGGCUAUUCUUCCCUGUUGUUCUGUUCUUCUGUGUAUGCUCCAAACCUCUCUACCACCUUUUUGAGUUCCUAGUUAUACUUUCAGGAUAGUUAAACUCUGUUUCCUGGAUAGCCAUAGUAGCAGCUAUAAAGUGUUAUUGAGAAAUGCCCUGCCUCUUCUCAGUUUUGGCAAGUCCCUUCAGGAGCAGGCACUCUAGGGCAGCAGUGAUCGAGUAGGAGCCAGUUCCUUUCCUUUGGGUAGGGCAGUGGGAGAAGUACAGGAUGAACUGACACAAUUGUUUGUGAUCUCCAUCAUGGGUUAGUAUAGUAGUAAUGUACAGGGUACAGCUAUCAAAGCUUAUAACUUAGGCUAGGACUUUUGGGAUACCCUUUAUAUGAUUUAUAAAUGCAGGUGUUUCUUCCAUAUUGUGGCUUUCCCCAUCACGGUUAUGAUAUAUCAGAUAUAAGAAAUUAAGUGGGAAUUUGGGGGGAGUUGUGCUGAAGCUGCAGAUGACACUCAAA